CGUAAUCUGAAUGUAUGUGAUGAAAGCAAGGCAGAAGUGCGUAACGUGAAAUAAAAAAGUUACUUAGUACGUGAUUAAUCAAUUCAGUUGAAAUUUCAAAUUUUAUCCACACCCACAUAAUUCAGGACAAAUUCUUGUAAAUGCUAGGUAAUUGAUUGCUAAAGAACAGAACACAGAAUGCCAACGGACUUUUACAUCCGUUAUUACGUUGGCCACAAGGGUAAAUUUGGUCAUGAGUUUCUCGAGUUCGAAUUUAGACCAGACGGCAAAUUACGGUAUGCUAAUAAUUCUAAUUACAAAAAUGACACUAUGAUUCGGAAGGAAGCCUACGUCCAUCAUUGCGUCAUGGAGGAACUAAAGCGAAUAAUACAAGACUCUGAGAUCAUGCAGGAAGAUGACUCGUUGUGGCCUCAGCCUGACCGUGUUGGCCGGCAGGAGCUUGAAAUCGUCAUUGGCGAUGAGCACAUAUCCUUUACGACUUCAAAGACUGGUUCAUUACUCGAUGUCAAUCAGUCUCGGGACCCUGAGGGUUUGCGCUGCUUUUAUUAUCUUGUACAGGACCUCAAGUGCCUCGUUUUCUCAUUGAUUGGCUUGCAUUUUAAAAUUAAGCCAAUAUAGUUAUUAACUUCAUAGAAACACUUACUGUCAUACACUUUGGUUUCUGCAAAUUUAAUAUUAUAUUUUGUGUCCUCAUGUAAUGUUAAUAUUAUAUCGACAAGACUACUCCUUCCUAUUGUUAUUAAACUUUCACCAAAUAUUGUAGCGAAUAGCUUAAGGUUUUAUACAAUAAACAUACAAUAACAGUUU